AUGCACAAAGUCUUCCUCUGUGAGGCAGAAGCAUUUAUAGUGAAAGCUGCAGAUAACUGCAAGACGUGGGGGAAGACUAUGCAGAAACUCAUGUGGCAACUCAUUCUGAGGAUGAGAGUAUGCAGAUUUUUCCGGGAUGGGCUGAAGGGAUUCUCGGGCUUUCAUCUCAUAGAGCAAGAACUUACCGCAGACAUUGAAGAAGAUCAUUUUCCUUUCAAAGCAAUCCAGAUAACCAAGAAGCCGCCUGAGUGGAGGACUGAGGCUGAAAUAAGAUAUUUAAGAAACCGCUUGCUGGCCCUGAAAAGUUUCCUCGACUACAGUCCAACUCUUCAGUAUCUUCUGGCUAAAGUGGUUCGCUUUGAACGAUUUGGACGCAGGAGAGUGAUUAUCAAAAAGGGGCACCUCGGGGGCAGUUUCUACUUCAUCUUUGCUGGCAUGGUUGCGGUCACCGAUGACGAGGAUGGGAGCAGCGCCUUUGUGGAAGCGUCCCCAACCGUCCUUCGGAGAGGUUCUUGCUUUGGCGAAGUGGCCCUCAUAAAAGACGCGACGCGAAUUGCCACUGUGGUCUGUAUGGAAGAUACGGAACUGUUGGUUGUGGAUAAGAAAGACUUUUUCGGCUAUCAAUUGGACCAGGAACUUCACAGAGAAUUCCUGACUCGGUAUAACUACUUGAGAAAAGUUGACAUCUUUGAAACUCUGUCUAAUGCCUCAGUAGAGAAAAUAGCCCAUUUCUGCAGAAUAGAGAGGUUCCACUUUGGGCAGGUGAUUACCAGCGACAUCGGGGAAUCCUCUAGCAUCUCUUUUAUUAUAAAGGGGGCCUGUGAUGUUUUACGACAGGUCGAUCUCAGCAACUGCCCAUCCUAUCACAAGUGGCUCGUAAAUCUGCAAGAUAACCGUCCCAUGAUCUUGGUCAGCAAAGGGGCGGACUUCAUCCGUCUGAAAAAAGACAAGCUUGAGGAAUGUGCGGACGAUGCCACCAUCAUGAAAUUAUGCAAAAUCAAGGUCAAGUAUCCCAGUGACGACGAGCUAUGUCAGGUCUUCCUCCGACAGAACUCCUGGGACUUCUUUAAGAAAGAUCUGCUGCAGUUUGUGCUGAAGCCCAAGCUCAUGAGGAUGGUAUUGCCUCCAGAUGCAUGCCCCGCCAAAGAAAUUGCAGGAUCUUGGUACAUGAAUGAAAAAGGUAUCUUGGACCUGACUCCCUUGCAGCGCCAUGAAAAACUUCCACCGGAAACGUGCAAAUAUGUGGCUUGUCACCCAAAAUGCGCAAGCGAUGCCAGGUUCUUACCAGAGAUCCAGCCAAGACUGAUUCAUGGCAUCAACAUAAUACGUCCUUCUUUGGAUGGAGUGUUUUAG